AUGGAGGACGAGGAGAUGGAGAGGAAGGUGCAGCAGUACCUGCACCGCAAGGGCUUCCGCCUCACCGAGCUCGCGCUGCAGGAGGAGCGCAACCGCCUCUCCACCACCUCCCUCUCCGACGUCUCGCUCUCCAGGCCGGAUAACGACCCAGCAAGAUACUAUGAUGGCUACAACAAGCUAAGAUCAUGGGCAUACAAUUCUCUGGACCAAUACAAGCAUGAAUUACUCCGUGUCCUUUAUCCAGCGUUUAUCCAUUGCUUCAUGGAUCUAGUGUCAGAGGGGCAUACACUAGAAGCUCGGGCAUUUUUCCUUAAAUUUCGGGAAGAUCAUGAACUGAUGCAUUCAAGGGAUCUCCAAAAGCUGGAAGGCACUCUUUCUCCUUUGCAUUUGGAGGAAAUGGAUCUGGCCCGAUCUUUAAGGGAAAAUAAAUUCAGAAUUAAAUUAUGUGAGUAUUCAUAUGAAUUACUUCUCCAGUAUCUCCAGAAAACACAAGCUCUUGUGAUGCUUGGAAUAAUCAAUGAAAGGAUAAUUUUUGAAGUGUCCGCUGGGCAACCUUCAUUGAUCUCUGAUGAUGCGGAUGUUGUUGCUCUGGUUGGAACCAGCAAGGACUUGGCAAAACAGAUAAAUCAGAAGGAAGUGCAUUGGGGGUUGCUUGAAGAUUCAGUUGAGGAGCGUAUGGAGAAAGCACUCUCAGAUUCUGAUAGAGCUGAAGCAGAAAGCAAGGAUGCAGAUGCAGAAGAUAAUAACAAGGCAAGAAACUCUCUCAUAAAAAAAUCCUCAGAAGGUGGAAAGCAGGGUGGUCCUCUGAACAAAAAGCUCAAAAAGGAUAAGCUUGUAGGUGCAACAGGGAAAAAUACCAAAUCCGAAACAAGCAUGAUUUCUGCGGCACCUCGUGUGAAACCGGAGCUAACCCUUCCAGCGACGCCUGUUGAAGUUGAACAAUCAAUUCUUGAGGACCUGCGAAACCGUGCACAAUUGAAUAACUUGGCAUUGCCAUCUGUUAGCUUCUACACAUUCCUUAAUACACAUAACGGAUUAAACUGCUCAUCGAUCUCAAACGAUGGAUCUUUGGUCGUUGGUGGGUUCUCAGACUCGUCAGUAAAGGUUUGGGAUAUGGCAAAGAUUGGUCAACCAGCAAAAACAUUUAGGCUGUGGAGUACCAAGCUGAAUGCCAAUCUUGUUUGUUACAAAGGACACAAUUACCCAGUUUGGGAUGUCCAAUUUAGUCCAGUCGGCCAUUAUUUUGCCAGUGCCUCGCAUGACAGGACUGCUCGAAUCUGGUCAAUGGAUAAAAUCCAACCUUUGCGGAUAAUGGCCGGGCAUCUUGCUGAUGUUGAUUGUGUGCAGUGGCAUGUAAACUGUAACUACAUUGCCACCGGCUCUAGUGACAAAACUGUACGGCUAUGGGAUGUUCAAACUGGUGAAUGUAUACGAAUGUUUAUUGGUCAUAGGAGUAUGGUCUUAUCACUGGCAAUGUCUCCUGAUGGGCGAUACAUGGCCUCCGGAGACGAAGAUGGGACCAUCAUGAUGUGGGAUCUCUCUACUGGUCGCUGCGUUUCACCACUAGCGGGACACAACUCUUGUGUGUGGUCACUUGCUUUCAGCUGCGAGGGAGCAUUGCUUGCAUCUGGAUCGGCUGAUUGCACUGUUAAACUCUGGGAUGUUGCGUCCAGCACAAAGGCCCUGAAGAUGGAUGACACCAAGGCUGGUUCUACGAACCGACUGAGGCUGCUGAAAGCUCUCCCUACAAAAUCGACUCCUGUUUAUAACUUGCGGUUUUCUGGGAGGAAUCUUUUGUUUGCAUCUGGCGCUCUCUCGCUAUAG